GUCAAAAUGGCGCAGCUCUUAGUGGGAGUCUGGAGUUAGUUCUCAUCAUCCAGAGACAUUAAAUAAACCCCCGGGCCUCACACGGAGCGUUAGCCGCGUUAGCAGCAUGGCGACCCUGGACCAGAAAUCGCCCAACGUGCUUCUCCAGAGCCUCUGCUGCAGGAUCACGGGGAAAAGCGAAGCUGAAGUCGCCCACCAGUUCCAGUAUGCAGUGCGAGUCAUCGGCAGUAACUACGCCCCCACCAUUGAGCGGGAUGAGUUCCUGGUUUCGGAGAAGAUCAAGAAAGAACUGCUGAGACAGAGGAGAGAAGCCGACGCUGCUUUGUUCUCUGAGCUGCACAGAAAACUUCAGACACAGGGCGUUCUGAAGCAUCGCUGGUCUGUUCUCUACCUGCUGCUCAGCCUCUCUGAGGACCCUCGUAAGCCAUCCGGCAGGGUCGGCAACUAUGGGGCGCUGUUUGCCCAGGCCCUCCCCAGGGACGCCCACUCCACGCCGUUCUACUGCACCCGGCCACAGAGCCUGGCCCUGGGCUACGGGGAGAGAAGCGGCGUGCUGACGGCCAGUGUCGGCACCAGUGGAAUCUCCAGUCUGGGAGUCUACACGCUGAACGGACCCACGCCGACGCCACAGUCACUACUGGCCGGUCAACCUCCUCAAUCUGCAGCUGCAGCCGUUCAGCCUCUGGGCUCUCGACUGGCCUGGACUCUUCCCAUGAGCUCCUCCCCCUCCGCUCUGACCCUGCCCACCACCCGGCCAGCUCUCGGACCUCAGGCUCCCUCCACACGUGUGGUCCGAACUCGCCGAGACGGUGACACAGGGGAGGUCAGCGAGGCGGCGCUGGUGCGGGACAUCCUCUACGUCUUCCAGGGCAUCGACGGCAAGUUCAUCAAAUUGAGCGCCCAGGAGAACUGCUACAAAAUAGACAGCAAGGUGGUGCUGCACAAGUCCCUGAGGGACACCUGCAGCAGACUGGCGGAGCUCGGCUGGCUCCACAACAAAGUCAUGAAGUUCACCGACGCCAGAAGCGUCGACCGGGCCUUUGGGCUGGUCGGACAGAGCUUCUGUGCAGCGCUCCACCAGGAGCUGAAGGAAUAUUACAGGCUGCUGUCUGUCCUCCAUUCUCAGCUGCAGGUGGAGGACGAACAAGGUGUGAUCGUGUGCACAGAGAACAGCCUGACCCUCAGGAGGCUGCUGGUUUGGAUGUACGACCCCAGAGUUCGGCUCAAAACACUGGCCGCCCUCGUCGACUACUGCCAAGGUCGAAAGGGAGGAGAGCUGGCUUCAGCUGUCCACGCCUACGGGAAAACGGGCGACCCGCAGAUGAGAGCGCUGGUUCAACACAUCCUCAGCCUGGUGUCAAACCCUAUCCUCAACUUCCUCUACAGGUGGAUCUAUGAUGGAGAGCUGGAAGAUACGUACCACGAGUUCUUUGUAGCAUCUGAUCCCAACGUGAAGGCCGAUCGUCUGUGGCACGACAAGUACUCCCUCAGGAAGUGUAUGAUCCCCUCGUUCAUCACUAUGGACCAGGCCCGCAAGGUUCUGCUGAUCGGUAAAUCCAUCAACUUCCUGCACCAGGUUUGUCAUGACAGAACGCCGCCGGGCAAAAUCACAGCAGCGUCCAAGUCUGCAGACACGCCGAAAGAUGCUGCAGAGCUGCUGUCGGACCUGGAGGGGGCGUUUCAGGAGAAGAUCGACGCCGCCUACUUCGACACCAGCAAAUACCUGCUGGACGUUCUCAAUCAAAACUACCUGCUGCUGGAGCACCUGCAGGCCAUGAGGAGAUACCUGCUGCUGGGCCAGGGAGACUUCAUCAGACACCUCAUGGACCUACUAAAACCGGAGUUGGUGCGUCCUGCCACCACGUUGUACCAACACAACCUGACUGGUAUCUUAGAAACGGCCGUCAGAGCCACUAACGCCCAGUUUGACAACGCAGAGAUCCUCAAGAGGCUCGACGUGCGUCUGCUGGAGGUGUCUUCGGGCGACACAGGCUGGGAUGUUUUCAGCCUGGACUACCACGUGGAGGGACCCAUUGCCACGUUGUUUACAAGGGAUUGUAUGGGCCACUACCUGCGCGUGUUUAACUUCUUGUGGAGGGCCAAGAGGAUGGAGUACACGCUGACCGACAUCUGGAAGGGACAGAUGUGUAAUGCCAAGCUCCUCAAAACCAUGCCUGAGUUGAACGGCGCGCUGCACCAGUGUCACAUCCUGGCCUCGGAGAUGGUCCACUUCAUCCACCAAAUGCAGUACUACAUCACCUUUGAGGUGCUGGAAUGCUGCUGGGACGAGCUGUGGAACAAGGUGCAGCAGGCUCAGGACCUCGACCACAUCAUCGCCGCCCACGAAGUCUUCCUGGACUCCAUCAUCUCAAGAUGCCUGCUGGACAACAACAGCAGGUCUCUUUUGAACCAGCUGAGGUCCAUAUUUGACCAGAUCAUUGAGUUUCAGAGAGUGCAGGACUCCCUCUACCGCUCUGCACUGGAGGAGCUCACCCUACGGCUGCAGUAUGAGGAGAGGAAGAAGCAGAGAGAAGCAGAGGGUCAGUGGGGAGUGACGGCCGAGCAGGAAACGGAGGAGAAGCGGAGGAUUCAGGAGUUCCAGGACACCAUACCAAAGAUGCGCUCCCAGUUCCGCAUUCUCACAGACUGCUACCAGGGCAGCGUCCAGCAGUUCCUGGUGUUGCUGAUGACGAGCACAGAUGAGAGUCUGCGGUUCCUCAGCUUCAGACUGGACUUCAACGAGCACUAUAGGUUUGCACAACAACAGGGCCAGAGAGCCGAGGCUGCGAGCUUCACUCGGCACCAACCGAGGGCGACGACUGUCAAAUAUCUGACAGGGAGACAACGGCAUUGACAGGCAACCCAGCCAGUGGAGCAUUGGGUCAUGACAUCGCGGAGAUGGGCCAACCAGCAGACUUUCGGCGCUUCAUAUCCAGAUGAUGUCAUACCUUGGAGGAGCCCUGAGCGUUCCUGGCAUUGCAGCAGCGAUGGCAGUUGCCAAGUGAUGACAUCACAGCAGUCGGCUGAGUGGGAUCACAAACGAAUAAAGUCAAGUAAAUUAAAGUUAUCAGAGCUUGUCGUGACGUGCAGAGUAAACACCCUAAACAGACGGCGGCGUGUGACAGGAAGUCGCAGUACAUGGCAUGCCUUAUUCAUGAGGGAAAAUCUUUUUCUCUCAGCGUGUUUGCCAAAAUCUAGUCCCAACACACAUAAUGUAUGUACAUAAUUUAUGCAAAAAUGUAUGUAUGUGUGUGUAUCUAUAAAUGCAGUGUGUCUGUGUUGCAUUUCCUCACUAGGGUUUGACAGAUAUGGGUCAGAUAUUGAUAUUUUUUCAAUUUUCUAUCUGUAGCAGUUAAUAAAACGAUAAAUUGGGGUUAUUUUAUUCCACAACAGAAAGUUUUUCUGCUUUUUAGCUUUUACAGCAUGAGGCACUGAAGCUGUAUGGACCGGCAGAAAUCGUCAGCAUAUAGAAUAUUUAAUAUUUAUAGUCAGUGUUGGUCCCUCACUAUCUGUCUAACCCUAGUUCACCAGUCUCCUUAAAAUCCAGGUUUUUUUAGAAAUCAGGUCGGCUGUCCAGUCAUGAUCAUACAGAGGAUUUCUACUUACACACACAGGAAGAGAAAACAGCUCGUGCAGACAUAGCGCCCCCUUGUUGUCGACUUUGUUUACAUCCUAUAAUUGAAGUGUGUGUGGUUAGAUUUGUAGGACAUAGGAAACAGAAUCUGUUGCCUGAGCAGCGAGAUGUUACCUGGACUGAACUGACCGAUGUGAAGAAUGUCAUUUAGGGUUUAUGGAGUAUUUAGGCGUGGUUCCCCUCAGCUUGUGCUGCAGGAGACGGAGCAUGUUCAAGAAAACAAUCCUCACAACAACCACAACAACCUCACUUCUUUCUCACCGCAUAAAAAAAAAAAGCAAACAGCGUUAAAUAUUCUGACAUUUCCGUUUCUUUAAAUAUUGUAAAUAUUUCAAAAACCAGAGUCCGAGUUUAAAGACUUUAAUGGCUAUAAAUGUUAACAUGGGCCAUUUAUUUUAUGAAACAAGAGAAGAAAACAGUAUUGUUGUAUUAUUCUUCUGUUAUGUUUUACACUUACAAUCCUAGAAGAGUGAGGUGAAAGUUCUUACCAUUGCUUUGGCUCAAUAAUCACCAGGGCCUUAAUCGCUGUGGUACAACAUGACUAUUUGCUGGAUUUCCUUUUUUAACCACCAUUCAAAUGCGUUUUGCUGUAGAAAAAGGCAGAAAUUGUAAGUUGAGGUAGCGAGUAGCAGUUUAACUGUGGAGUUAUACAGUCACUUCUGUAUGAACAGCUGUGAGCGGUGGUCUCACCCCAUUGGAGCUAUGAUCCUGGGCCAGGGAACAGAUGUUUCUAAAAAACAAAAAAUAGAAUAAAAAAGAUCAGACAUUGCACUUGCAUUUCAAAGGAUGUGAUUCAUUUAUUAAAUAAUCAAACCUCCUGUUCCAAUCUGGUCUAUUAGAUCUCACCGUUAAAAUCUACAUUAAACUACAUAGUAACCAAGCAGAUGAUGUUAAACUUAGGGGUGUUUUUGAGUUUUAAGUUGAGUUUGUGUUUUUCGGAAAAAAACAUGUUAGGUUCUUGGGGAAAUGUUUACUUCUGCACAUUUACCAACAUUUCAGUUUUGGCCCCAGGUUUGAUUUGACAUUUUAUUUUUUUUAUUGUCAUUGGAAUAAAUGGGUGCUGCAUAGGGUCUGUGGACCAGCCCGCUGCUUUCUGACAAUGACUUUCCUUCAUAUGAGUGUAAAGAAAAUAAACUCCUGCACCGUCUGUCCGCUGCAUUGUAUAGCACAUAAUGUAUAGAAUAUAGGGAAGCAAAGCAUCCCACUUCUUUAAUAAAAUGUUUUUUCAUAUAUA